AUGGUAUUGAAUACGAAUCAAGUAUCAUCCAAAUAUUUGAAAAUGAAACUAGCCAGAAGGUACGCUAGUCAAGUUUUCUUGUAUCUGAGACACAUCCAUUUUAAGGUACGUCUACUGACGGAGUCAUGAAUGACAGCCAGAUUGUUGAAUUCAAGAACACUGGAUUGAAGGAAGGAGAGUCUCUUGAUGAUGGAAUAUGCAGGCUUGGAAUUUACAAGAAAAAUGGUUUUGUGCCUGUUUCAAUCACUGACGGCUUUCCUCAGCGAUUCAAUCUCUUGUUUUAUAGAAACGAUUUCAUCUUUAAGAUCUUUUGA